AGGUCGUGGCCACCAUCCCUGCCGCCACGGCCUCGGUCGUUGCCGUGGCAACCAUCCUCCGGACCCCCCGACUUACCAGGACCCCGACGCCCCUCCCAUGGAACCCUAGCCUCGCCACUCCCCCCUCGCGCAGCCAUCUUCUUCCUCGCGCACUACCGAGCCGUCGAUGCCACGGAUCUCCUCGCCCACGCGCUCUCCGUCAUCGCCAUGCCCUGAGCUCGUGUCCAGCAUCUCCACCGUGCUCCGCUGCUUCGCCUACAACACCGGAUCGACGACGAGGACCACCAACGCCGUCGCCUACGUCGUCUUCUUCCGCGGAUGCUGCUGGUCAUCGCCAUUCGAUUCGCCUCCACCGAGGAUCCCUCGAGCCCACGGACCUACUUGUCGACCCCACUAUGUCGGAGCCGAGGAGCCACACGCCACCUUCGACGACGACUACUACUACACUGAGGGUGCCUACUACUACAUGGAGACCGCCGACGCCCAGGAGUAGUUAGGAGGCUCCCAGGCA